UUGCAAUUUUUCGAUAUUUCAAUAUAUAAAGAAGACCUAGACAAUUUAAAAGAUGAUGAAUGGUUAAAUGAUAAUAAUAUUUCAUUCAUUUAUGAAUACUUAGAACGUUAUCAAUUGAAUAAUUUUGAUAAAUUGGUUUCAAAUUCAAUCAUCUUAUUAAGACCUUCAAUGGUUUACCUAUUGGCAAAUCAUCCAUCUCCAAAAGAAUUGAAAGGUGUCCUACCAUCUUUAGAAACUUCAAAAUUCAUCUUUUUACCAGUCAAUGAUAAUGAUGAUGUUGAAGAUGCAUGUGCUGGUUCUCAUUGGUCAUUAGUCGUUAUCAGUUUAUUGGACAAGACUGCAUUGAUUUAUGACACUUUAGAAAGGGCUAAUGAAUCUGAAGCUAAACAUGUCAUUUCACAAUUGGCAAAAUAUUUAGGUUUCAAUUUCCAAAUUAGAAUUAUUGAAAAGACUCCACAACAAAUUAAUGGAAGUGAUUGUGGUAUAAUGGUUGGACAAAUUACUGGUUUUUUAUUAUCAAGAUUAUUACAUUUGAAAUAUUUAGAAGAUCAUUUCAUUGAUAUGGAUUUGAAUAAUGUUGAGAUUUCUGCUAUUGAUGGAAGAAUUUUCAUCAUGGGUACGUUGUUGAAUUUGAUUAAG